AUGGCUUCCAAAAUUAUUGUGAUUGGCAGUCCAAACUGCCAAUUGCGCGCCGUGUUCACCAAACUUGCCAAGCUGCAUGUGAAGCAGAACUUCGCAUUUGCGCUCAUUGUUGGCAACCUGUUCGGCGACUGUACCACUGAGGCUGAACUAGAUGAGAUCACUGCUCUGCUGAAUGGCAAUGUCAAUGUCCCCUUGCCGACUUACUUCACUUUGGGCAAUCUUCCAUUGCCAACACGAAUUGUGGAGAAGAUCGAAGCCGACGAUGAAGUGUGUCCUAACCUCUACUUCCUUGGCAAACGAGGCACCCUGAAAACCUCAGAGGGUAUUCGCAUCGCUGCCCUUGGAGGUAAAUUAGAGGACACGCAUCAGUCAAAAUCUGCUCCCGUGACCAAUGCCGCAGGAAGGUUUCAGACUACAUAUACCGAAUCUGAUGCUCGAGCUCUCUUCGGAACCCACAGUGCCGAUAUCCUCAUUACCAACCAGUGGCCCAAGGGAAUCCGCCUUGGCUCCAAUGUAUCAGUGCCCGAGGACUACAGCUCCCUUUCAACAGAAACCCAAAUUGUGUCCGAUAUCUGCGCUACCCUAAAGCCUCGUUAUCACUUCUCCACAUCGGACAGCUUUUUCUAUGAGCGAGCGCCAUUUUUCCAUAUGCCGAGCGAGGAUAGCCCUGAUGCAAAGCCCUUGACCCGUUUCAUUUCUCUGGCUUCCUUCGACUCAAAGCAGAAGGCCAUGUAUGCUUUCUCUAUCGACAUCAGCGCCACAGCGCCGCUCACAAUCCCUGCUGGCGUCACCGCCUCACCCCUGGCCGCACCCCAAGCCAAACGCAAGCAUCUCCCCACGCAGCACGAAUCAUUCAAGCGCUUCGCCGCCUCCGACGAUAACUACCAAGACCGCUCCAAGAAGCGCCGUCACCGGGACCCUCCCCCCGGCCCAGAACAAUGCUUCUUCUGUCUCUCUAAUCCCAAUGUCGCCACGGCCCCUCCCCCGGCCGACUUCUUCCCAUCCCUCGGCUUCCCUGGCCACAUCCUUAUCAUCCCUUUCUCCCAUACCCCAACCUUAGAUUCCAUCCCCGACCCCGAGACCCGCUCCACCACCUACAACGAGAUGGGGCGUUACAACAGCUCUUUGCGCCGCAUGGUCGCCACCCGCUCAGCUGGCAAUCUAGGCGCCGUCACCUGGGAAGUCAGCCGCGCUGGCGGCAUCCACACGCAUUGGCAGUUCCUCCCCGUGGCAGCUUCUCUGAUCCGCGAGGGCCUCGUCGAGGCCGCCUUCAAGGUCGAGGCCGAGAAUUUGUCCUACCCGCGCUUCAGCACUCUCGCCCACAGCCAAGCCGACGGGCCCAGCGAGCCGGGCGACUACUUCCGCGUCUCCAUCUGGUGCCCCGCCGACGCCAAAGCUGAAGAAGCCCCAGCCGCGCCCGAGGCCGACACGACUGCAUCCGAUGCCGUGAAGGCGCCCGGAGCUCACACGUCCGGCUCCGAGAAGGUGCUCACACUGGACCUGCACCCGGAGUUCCGAUUCGAUCUGCAGUUCGGCCGCCGCGUGAUGGCAAAGUUGCUCGAGGUCGACAAGCGGAUGGACUGGCGGAACGCGACGCAGUCGCAAGCGGAGGAAGAGGCCGAUGCGGUGGCGUUCAAGGAGACAUUCAAAGAAUAUGACUUCUCGCUCGAGUCAUGA